CUUGUUUAUCAGGUCAUUUCGUUUCGGAUCGCCGUGGGGCCAACAAAACACGUUGAUAACUAAUCAUGGCUGCUGUUGUUGUUUACCGUGGAACAAUUCUGCACACCAAAUCGUUUGAUGAAUUCGAAUCCUUCGAGCAAGGCUUCGUGGCAGUUCAAGAUGGAAAGAUAAUUGGUGUGGGCAACGAUUAUGACAACUGGUUGUCCGCCAAUGAAAGCGUGGACCCCAAGACUGUGAAACAAGUGCAACUCUCGGAAUUUGAAUUCCUCUGUCCAGGUUUCUGUGAUGGACACAUUCAUGCGCCACAAUACGCCCAGAUUGGAUUGGGAAUGAGUGUUCCACUGCUCGACUGGCUAAAUACCUACACCUUUCCCACUGAGGCUAAGUAUGUGGAUCAAAAAUUUGCCCUGCAGAUCUACAAAGGCGUUGUGGAAGCAACUCUACGAUGCGGCACCACGUUGGCCUCCUAUUUCGCCACCAAUGACUUGGCAUCCACUCUGAUAUUGGCUCGGGAAGCUGUGCGUCAAGGUCAGCGGGCACUGAUAGGCAAAGUCUGUUCCAAUUGCAACAGUCCCGACUUCUAUGUUGAAACAACUGAGCAAUCUGUGGAGGGAACCAAGAAUUUCAUUGCAGAGCUACGUAAACUGAACAGUCCUCUGGUUUUGCCCACCAUAACUCCACGAUUUGCGCUCAGUUGCAGCAAGGAACUGCUGAGCAAACUGGGUGACAUUGCCAAAGAGCAUGAUCUACAUAUACAGAGCCACAUCAGUGAGAAUCUUGAUGAGAUCAAAUUCGUUAAGGAGAUUUUCAGCACCAGCUAUGCAGGCGCCUACGACGAAGCGGGACUUCUGACCAAAAAGACGGUCAUGGCACAUGGUGUACAUCUGGAGGACGAGGAGAUUGCAUUGCUUAGGGAACGUGGCACAUCUAUAAUUCAUUGCCCCGCAUCCAAUACCAAUUUGAAUUCGGGUCUCUGCGAUGUGCAGCGUUUGAUUAAAGCUGGCGUCACUGUGGGCCUUGGCACUGAUGUUUCUGGUGGAAAUUCCGUGUCCAUAUUGCACGCCUUGUCUCGUGCUCUUGAAGUCUCCAAGCACAUUGAUGUCUUCAACACUCAGGACAUUAAAGGAUCAGGAGCAGCCAAGAAUCCACAGAAAAACUACAAGCAAUUGUCCUAUAAGCAAGCCUUCUAUUUGGCUACUUUGGGUGGAGCAAAGGCAUUAACUCUGGAUCACAUCACUGGCAACUUUGCUGUGGGCAAGGAUUUCGAUGCUCUUGUGGUGGACGUCAGCAUAUUGGAGAAACCUCAUCGUUCGCUUACGGUGGAUGAGCUGUUAGAGAAAUUCAUCUAUACUGGCGACGAUCGCAAUAUCACAUCCGUUUUUGUGGCUGGCCGCAAAGUGAAGGGCCAAAUUUGCUAUCCCGAGUAAGAAAAGAAUUUCGUUUGCUAACAGUUUCAUUUCGCCUGGAAACGCAUAGAGAAUUUAUUUCAUUUAUCUGAGUAUGUGUGUGGAUCGAUUGUAAAUGCUGAAAUUAAGGGACUUUUAAAGUAACAUUAAAUGAAAGCGUUCAUAAUCCUA